AGUAAGUCACAUUCUCGCGAGUUUACCAGUUAGGCAUCAACUUUGAGCGUUAUAUCAAAAAAAAUAGGAGAAAAAAAGAAGACGACACAUUGAAAAAGAGUGUAGUUAGUUUGGUAACUAGUGCGCAGUGAAUUAAUAACGUUGCCUAUUAAACUACAAUGCAUACAUGUAUGCAUGUAUUUCCUUAACUACAGCUGGUGGCGGUAAGUAGGUUAGCUUUUAUUACUAAAACGAUUUGUAGAACAAGAGAAGAAGAAACGGGGCAAACAUGGCAGCGUACAUGAGAAGCGUGAUAUGUCUUGUUUCCUUUGAGCGAAACGCUUUUCUAUCAAGGGGAAGUCGUGUUAUUGUGGAAUCCAAGCGAUAUGUACGCGGACUAAGAAGGACACCUGUCCGAGUGUUGUUACCCGAAAACGGCACGGAUAAAGUCCUCAAGCCAGCGGGGCUAAACGCCCCAGCUUUAAUCAGGCAUCCUGAAGAAAGAGACUUUGUGAACGCGAGAGAUAAUGUGCAGUCAUCUACAAAACAUGCUCAUGUUACUGCUGCGAAGGAUCACAUCGAUGGACUGCGCUUCGAGAGAGCUUUCCCUGGAGAUAAAAGACUGGCGAGGUUAGUGAGUGUCGCUCGUUCCAGGACAUUUCGGGAGCACCAGGGUAAAAUCCUCCUGGAGGGCAGGCGUUUAAUCUGCGACGCCCUGGAUGCUGGAGCUAACCCACAGAUGGUGUUCUUCAGUACCCGGGAUCGGCUCCGAGAGCUGCCAUUAGACAAGCUGAAGAGGGCCACGCUAGUCAAAGUCAAGUUUGAGGACAUCAAGAUCUGGUCUGACCUUGUGGCCCCACAAGGGGUGAUUGCCAUAUUUUCCCGUCCGGACCCAUCAAGGUUAAACUUCGCUAUUAGAGGUCAUUCGGUGCCGUUGUCCCUGAUAUGCGACAACAUCCGGGACCCCGGCAACCUUGGGACUAUGUUGCGAUGUGCUGCUGCUGCUGGCUGCCACAGUGUCCUGCUCACCAAGGGUUGUGUUGAUGUUUGGGAGCCUAAAGUUCUGCGUGCAGCAAUGGGUGCCCAUUUCCGCCUUCCCAUCUAUCCCAACUUGGGCUGGGAUGAUAUGGGGAAACAUCUCCCUAAACCAGUGACCGUCCAUGUGGCUGACAGCGGCUGUGCCGCUGACGGAAGUAGAGAGAAAGAGGAUUCACAAGUUAACGCGUCUCACAAAUCGUCCAAAGCAGGAGACUAUGGCUGGGUCAGCACCAAGCCGAAUCAAAACAACAUGCGCUACGAGGAAUACGAUUCUGAUCCAGAAUCAGAUUUGGAAGAUGGGGGACUUUCACUUCCUAGAGUGGACUCAAAGCUGUACCAUGAGAGCUGGGCUCAGAGUCCCACUGCUCUGGUAAUAGGUGGCGAGACGCAUGGUCUGAGUGUAGAAGCAGUCCAGUUAGCUGAGAAGACCGCCGGACGCAGGCUCUUCAUUCCCAUCGCUCCUGAUGUGGACAGCUUGAAUUCAGCCAUGGCUGCCAGUAUCCUUUUGUUUGAGGGCAGGAAGCAACUGUUGAAACUAACUCAGACACCUGAAAGGAAAUGGAAAUCUAAAGCUGAGCAGCAAUUUCCAUGAUGUUGGCUCUAAAUAUCUGUGUGUGACUUCUGGUGUACAUAUGUCCUUAUUACAGACUGAACUAAAUUAAAAUUUGUAUUCUACAUCCUGUCCUGCUAAU